CAACUCUGCUCUUAAGGCACUGUGCCCUCUGGCUUCAAUAGCCAGAAGUUGGGGGAGGGGCAACCACCCUGGCUCCCCCUGUUCCCUAGGGCUUCCCGAGGUGAAGGUGACAGGUGGGGGAGGCAGGUGGAGAAUUGGGCCGGUGAGCUCAUGGUGAAGGCGCCUGGCGGGCGGGGGUGGGUGCUCUGGCCUAUAAAGCCCCCGUGCCCUGUGGCCUGCAGAGGCAGUUAUGGAUGGCACCAUGGAGGGCUCGGAGGCAGUGCAGAAGGCCACAGCACUCAUUGAGCAGCGGCUGGCACAGGAGGAAGAGAAUGAGAAACUGCGAGGAGCUGCCCAUCAGAAGCUGCCCAUGGAGCUGCUGGUGCUAGAGGAUGAGAAACGCCUGGGGGCACAGAGCCCCUCUUUACAAAAGGUUAAGGGCCAAGAGCGCGUGCGCAAGACAUCCCUGGACCUGCGGCGGGAGAUCAUCGACGUGGGCGGGAUUCAGAACCUCAUUGAGCUGCGGAAAAAACGCAAGCAGAAGAAGCGGGAAGCCCUGGCCGCAGCCCAGGAGCCUCCUCCAGAGCCCGAGGAGAUUACUGGCCCUGUAGAUGAGGAGACAUUCCUGAAAGCAGCAGUAGAGGGGAAAAUGAAGGUCAUUGAGAAGUUCCUGGCCGACGGAGGUUCAGCUGACACCUGCGAUGAGUUCCAUCGGACAGCACUGCACCGGGCCUCCCUGGAGGGCCACUUGGAGAUCUUGGAGAAGCUUCUGGAGAGUGGGGCCACUGUGGACUUCCAGGAUCGGCUGGACUGCACCGCCAUGCAUUGGGCCUGCCGUGGAGGUCAUUUGGAGGUGGUGAAACUCCUACAAAGCCGAGGAGCAGACACCAAUGUGAGGGAUAAGCUGCUAAGCACUCCCCUGCAUGUGGCAGUCCGCACCGGGCACGUGGAGAUUGUGGAACACUUUCUCUCCCUGGGCUUGGACAUCAAUGCCAAAGAUAGAGAAGGGGACAGUGCCCUGCACGAUGCUGUGAGGCUCAACCGCUACAAAAUCAUCAAACUGCUGCUCCUGCAUGGGGCUGACAUGAUGACCAAGAACCUGGCAGGAAAGACACCCACAGACCUGGUGCAACUGUGGCAGGCUGACACCCGGCAUGCCCUGGAGCAUCCUGAGCCAGCGUCAGAGCAGAAUGGGCUGGAGGGGCCUGAAAGUGGACGAGGGACCCCCCAGCCUGUGCUAGCCCAGUAAAUUCCUGCCCCAGCCCCUUCAUGACCUGUGUGCAGCCAGGUGGUCCUAAAAUGACCACCAAACCUAGCUGAGGACCCAGCCACCAUUCUGUAUGAUCUAGGAGUGCCCACAAACUAGCACAAUAAAAAAAAAUUGUUUUUGCU